AUGACCAUUUCUUACACCCUCGAAGUGGCCAAUGCCAGAUUUGGUGGCUUCUCCAAACUUCUCUUCCGCUGGAAAGGAAGCAUCUACAAGUUACUGUACAAGGAGCUGCUGGUGUUCUCCUCCCUCUACAUCCUGCUGAACCUCAUAUACAGGAUUGCUCUGUCAGAGCAUCAGAAGAAGCUCUUUGAGGAGGUCGCCAACUACUGCAAUGAGAACACUAAGCUUAUUCCUUUGAUCUUCAUCCUGGGCUUCUACGUCAACCUCAUCAUCAAGCGUUGGUGGGAGCAGUACACCAGCAUCCCUCUGCCGGACCAGCUGAUGUGUGUGGUCUCCAGCACCGUCCAUGGAGGAGAUGAGCGGGGUCGUCUGCUCCGUCGCACUCUGAUCCGCUAUGCCAACCUCUCGUCAGUGCUGAUCCUACGCUCCGUCAGCGUCCGUGUGCUCAAGAGGUUCCCAACCAUGGAACAUAUAGUGGAAGCAGGCUUUAUGACCCAGGAGGAGCUGAACAAGUUUGAGAGUUUGUCCUCCGACUUUAAUAAGUAUUGGAUCCCCUGCGUGUGGUUCACCAACCUGGCAGCGCAGGCGCGGAGGGAUGGCCGGGUGAGGGACGACAUCACCUUGAAGCUCCUCAUCGAGGAGCUGAAUAAAUACCGCGCCAAGUGCAGCCUCCUCUUCCACUACGACUGGAUCAGCGUUCCGCUCGUGUACACGCAGGUGGUCACCAUUGCCGUCUACUCGUUCUUUGCCACCUGCCUCAUGGGGCGCCAGUUGCUCUUGCCUUCUGCCCAGCAGAAUAAGAACCUCACCCUGGACGUGUACGUCCCCAUCUUCACGCUGCUGGAGUUCUUCUUCUAUUUCGGAUGGCUAAAGGUGGCCGAGCAGAUCGUCAAUCCCUUUGGCGAAGACGAUGAUGACUUUGAAACCAACAGACUGAUAGACCGGAAUCUGCAGGUCUCUCUCCUGUCGGUGGAUGACAUGUACCAGAACCUGCCGCCCAUGGAGAAAGACAAGUACUGGGACGAGCAGAGCGCGCUGCCGCCAUAUACCGUCGCCACCGCCGCCGACAACAUGAAACCCUUGUUCAUGGGCUCCACCUUCGACAUGCGCAUUGAAGUGGACUCGGAGCAGAGUCAGCAGGUGGCUGCCACCCCCAAUCUCCCGCGGGCGCGCACCCCGAUGCUCAGCCGCUUCCUCUCCUCCGCUGCAUCCCCUGCAGUCGGCAUGAAAAACCUCAAGGGCCUUGGGGUGAGAAGCCAUCUUGUCCGCUUCAGAGGAGACGGAUUCCCCUCUCCCAACACCAACACCCGGUACUCAGAUCUGGACCCCGACGGGCGCAUCGAUGAGGAGGAGACCACCGAGGACGAGAGGGAAAGUCGAGCCAGCGAGCCGCCAACCCCCAAAGUUGUGUCCAGAUCCCUCCGACGUCUGGAAGCCUCCGAGAAACAGAAAAAGAUGGAGCAGCCGCGGACCGCCAACAUCCUGAUCACCGUGGAUGAGCCACCCGAGGAGAAGGCGGAGGACGAGGACGCCGAGUGCUGA